CACUGACAUGGUAAAUGCAACCAAUGAACCUCAAGACUGGCCUUCUCUACAAUAUUUUGGUGCGGAAAUUGUCAGAAAGCUAGCUUCAAUACAAAAUUGGAGAUUUGAAAAUGCAGACACUGAAUCAAACAAAGGAGCAACACGCAUUGCUCAUAGUAUCAUUCGAGACAAUCGGUUUCAAUCCUAUGUGGCAACAGGUUAUCCCUCUUGGCUCAAAUCUCUCUUUGAUUCAGAAAGAUAGUUUGUCUUUGUGUUUUAACCUGCAACUCUCCUUGAUCCAGCAGGUUUGAAACUAGUUUUUUAAAUUCAGUCACGACAAAUUUUUGGAUUUUCACUCUUAGUUAUAUAUAAUUACUUAAUCUCUAAGAUUAUCUCCUUUCCUUAUUUCUAUGUUAUUCUAUCCUUAUCUUCUCUCCUUUUCACGAUUUCUUUUUGUUUUACCUUGAUACUUUUUACAUUAUCUUGACUUUCAACUUACCUUGGGUUACCAAACCAAAUACGUUUUCUACAUAGUUUUCCUUCUUAUAAAUACUUUCAUUCUUCUCUUCCUUCUCCUCACCCAAAACUUUUUUCUCUUUAUCUUUUUAAGUUCUCCUUCAUCUCUAACUAUGGCAGAUAGGUUAUGGGAUGAUUUACAAAACUCCAACUUAGGUCGUAAUGAUCCUGAGCUCUUUAUUCCUCAUCAUACUUAUGUUGACGUUGUUGGAAGGAAUAGACUCAGCCUUAUUGCUCGGCCUCUCAACACCAGAUCUCAAAGUCUCCAAGCUGUUUUCUCUUCACUUCCAAGAACUUGGGGACUGACUACACGUAUCCAUGGAAGAGUUUUGAGUGAUACUUAUGUCCAGUUCAUAUUUCAAUCUGAAAUAGACUUGGUUUCAGUUCAACGCAGGGCUCCAUGGAUCUUUAAUAAUUGGUUCAUAGCAUCACAGAGAUGGGAAGACUUCCCAGAUGUUGACUUCCUUACUACCAUUGAAUUUUGGGUGCAAAUCCGUGGAAUCCCACUUCCCUAUGUAUCAGAAGGCACAGCCAGGUUUAUUGCUCAAACUUUAGGUCAAGUGAUCUACUUGGACUUUCAUGAUGAAACAACAGUUCAAAUCACCUUUAUCAGAGUUAGAGUUCGAUUUGGAAUUACAGACUGCUUUAGGUUUUUCAGAAGGGUUUGUUUUGAGUCAAGAGAAAGGGCUAUGAUUAGCUUUCAAUAUGAACGUCUGAGAAGGAUUUGUAGUCAUUGUCUUCAAAUUACACAUCAAAGAAGUCACUGCCCUCAUUUCAGCUCCCUCAGACUCCUAGGAACAGUCCUGAAGUCCUAGAUGUACCACUUUACAACAGGAGGAGGUCUUAUGAUGAGGAUAGAAGAUCCAAUUUUAAUUCUCAAUCUCAAAACUCUGAUUACUCCUUUCCAGCGCCUUUGACUCCACCACCAAGACUGGAUUCUCCUCCACCAAACCCUGAAGAAUUUGUAGCUGCCUUUCCACACUUUCAUGAAUCAAGUCCAGAAGGAUUACAUCAAUCAGCUUAUCCAUCUCCGAGAACUGUUAUAUGGAGAAGGGAAUCUUCCACAGAGUCUAUGAUUUCCCCAAACACCACAGCAGGAUCCACUCUUGGAAUAUCAAACAACUUUGAGGUUGGUGAAUCUUCAAAACGUCCAAAUUCAGACUCUACUGAGAAUGGAGGAAUUCUGAAGCCUCCCAAGAAAAGAUAACUCACUCUACUAAAUUCUGUCAUAACUUUUUGGGUCCCUGUAACUGCCAUUACAGGUUAAGUUAAGUUGGUUUGUUGAAUAAGAUUCUAGAACAGACUAAGUCACCUUUUGGUUUCUGUUUUAGACAAGUUUAGUUUAUGAUAUCAGCCUAAUCUUCUCUACUUGAUUGUCAAGUUUAGACUUGGUAAUCUUGUUCUGUACUAGUUGAUAGGCUUUGGCUUUAUGCACUUU